AUGGCCACCGCCGACGAGAAAUACGAGCUCAUAACGCGCAGAUUGCAGGAGGUCCUUGGCGGAGACAGCGUCAAGGCGAUUUUAGCAGAGGGACGGCAACCAAAAUGCUACUGGGGAACGGCACCAACAGGGAGACCACAUAUCGGCUACUUCGUCCCAUUAGUCAAAAUCGCGGAUUUUCUGAGGGCAGGCGUACACGUCAAAAUAUUACUAGCAGAUGUGCAUGCAUUCCUUGACAACAUGAAAGCUCCCUUAGAGCUCGUCGGGCACAGAACAAAAUACUACGAAUACCUCCUUACGACCGUCUUUACAUCCCUCGGCAUUCCAACAUCUGCACUCCAAUUUGUGGAAGGCUCAUCUUACCAACUUACAAGAGAGUACAAUCUUGACAACUACAAACUCUGCGCGACGGUGUCGGAACACGACGCGAAGAAGGCAGGAGCAGAGGUCGUGAAGCAAGUAGAAAGCCCGCUGCUUAGCGGUCUGUUAUACCCUGGUCUCCAAGCUCUCGAUGAGCAGUACCUCGACGUGGACUUCCAGUUCGGAGGUGUUGACCAACGUAAAAUCUUCACUUUCGCCGAACUCUACCUGCCGAAGCUCGGUUAUGCCAAGCGCGCUCACCUGAUGAACGCCAUGGUCCCCGGCCUCGCAGGCGGCAAGAUGUCCGCCUCCGACCCCAACUCCAAGAUCGACUUCCUCGACACCCCCGAGGCCAUCCGCAAAAAGCUGAAAUCAGCCUUCUGCGAAGAGGGCAACAUCGAGGACAAUGGCGUCCUCGCGUUCGUCGAUGCCGUGCUCAUCCCGAUCUCGCAGCUGCGGCUCGAACGCCAAUCUGGAGACACACUCCUCGAGGCGGGCCUUGGCGACCAACGGCCGUUCAUUGCGGACGGCGCACCGCCUGGGACGGUGUUUAGUGUGGAGAGGGAUGAGAAGUUUGGAGGGUCGAGCCAUUAUAAGGACUUCGCGGAGGUUCAGGAAGACUUUAAGAGCAAGCAGCUGCACCCGAAGGACCUGAAGGCGUCUGUGGCGAAUGGAAUCGUUCGGCUGCUGGAGCCCAUCCGGAAAGCGUAUGAGGAGAACGCGGACUGGCAAAGGGUCACCGCCCUUGCGUACCCCGACCCUAAAGCUCAGGUUGUGAAGAAACCAAAGAAGGAGAAGGUCUACCAUCCGCCUCCGCCUGGUAAGGGUAAGAACGCCAAACCUGUGGCAGAGAGCGCCGAUGGCGCAGCACACUCCGCUGCUGAAGCCGCCAAGCAGCAGCCUGAGGCGAACUCUUAA